AUGGCUGAGAACGACCUCAACGCCGGCAGUGGCCGCGACCACCUUCUGGAUGCCAGCAUCUUCGUCAAGAGGGUUGGCGGCAUCCUCGUUGGACGCUACGUGCCGAGCAUCGCCACGGCUCUCUCGCACUUCUGGUUCUCCCGGCCUACCAUCCACCCCAUUCAUUCGGGUCACCCGCUCGCGCUGGCCUGGAACGAGGGCAACUUAGCCACGGAUCUUGAGAGCAUCCUCGAUGAGGAUCACAUCCGCUUCACUUUGCUCUGCCCUUUCACAGUCCGUGACGUCUGCCUCAUCGAUCAGGCCGAUCCCGCCACGAUCGACGCUCUUGUCAAAGUUGUGGAUGUUUUGCGGGCAUACUCGCUCCAUCAAUCGGUCUGUGUCGAGCUGACCGAAGGUGUCAUGUCUCCUCACAAUCUCACCACCAACCAUGAACCCACUAUCAAGUACGGCCUAGGCCCCAGCUUUGAAGAGUCAUUUUCGUCAGCUUCUUGCGCUGGAGCUAGUAUUGGUGGCUCUGGAUCCGAUGGAACCCUGGGUGCUUAUCUCAAGCUUGACAUCACUCGGAUCAAUGAAGGGAUCCUCAAGACAGAGACGAAAAUCCUUGCUCUCUCGGCUCACCAUGUUGUCUCGCCCGAUCGCGAUGAUGCUAUUGAUGGUUCACGGGUAUGCCUGGACGUCCACCAGCCAGCGCUUACCAAGCAGUCCGCUUGGGUCGAGCGACUAAAGCGCAACAUGCAGCGCCUCCAGCAACGAAUUGAGAGCCCCACGACGCCGGAGCGUACAGCUAUGCUGGUUGCCGAGUUCAACGACGUAUCUGCCCUCCUUGGAAAAGCCGAAUCCUUUUCAACUCAUUUCGGCAAGGUUUUCUGCACCUCAGGCCUGACGGUUUCGAGCAUCCUGACUCUGGGACGCAUCGCCCACCUCGAAUGGGCCUUAAUCGAGGUUGACGCUAGCCGUCUUGGCGAUGACUCUAUUCCGAUCACGAAUCGUCCGGCUCCUCAUGUCCUUGACGAGCUCGCCCGGGUCAUCAAACGGCAUGACUACGUUGAAGCGGCCCGAUCUGAAGACGAACGCGUCUUCAAAAUUGGUGCCGCCUCUGCUACUACUAUCGGCUUCUGUAAUGGGACCUGUGCUCUGGUGCGCACUUAUGGAGAGGUCGAGUACCAUGUUAUCGCCAACCUCAUUCUCCCCGAUGUUGGCUUUAGUGCGUUUUCUGCCCACGGGGACUCGGGCGCUGUUAUUCGCGCUUUCCCUGAUGAAGGGGAGCAUAAGGCAAUUGGCUUGCUCUAUAGCGGCUUCAAGAACGAGACUCCGUCGCCCUCUGACGUUGUGCCUCCGCCUGCUACCCUGCAGGCCAUGUCCGACGUGCGAUUCCACCACUCUCCGGAAGUCGACCUGCGCGGUAUGACCUUGUACACCCCUAUGGAUCAUAUCAUGGAAUCGAUGCGUGCGGGACUGAUGUCCAUGCUGGAAGCGGAUGGCGCCGAGGUGGUGCACCUCCAUUUGGAGCUGCUCGACUGA